GUCGCGUUAAUGACCUGCAAAUGGAAAAGCUAUUUAAAGAGGCUCUGACCUGACGACCUGUUAUUAUGGCUUUUCAAUAUUGCAUUUAAGACAGCACAUGAAUGAUGGCUGCUAAAGCGGAAAAGGUAUCCAAAUACGAAACUUUAAAGCUUCUAGAAAAGUGCAGAAAGGAGAGAGACGAUGCUCUGCACCGCGAGAACGCCAUGAGGGAGAAGAUGAGACAAUACGAGACUCGGAUGAGAUCCACAGAAGCGCUCAAACAAAAACUCAAGCAGCUGACUUUGGACAACAAGGAGCUGCGGAAACAUGUGAAGGUCCUGCGGGCUGAAAUCGGCUUAGAGGCCAAUCCCAAAUUUAACGGGAAAACCACGAAGGACAUCAUCAACGACCUGCACGACAAGGAGAUCGAGUGCAAUUCGCUGGUCGAGAAAGCGGGGAAAUUAAGUUUGACCAUUGACGAGCUCACUUCUGAGCUAGCGAACACCGUCACCUCUAAAACUCUCCUGGAGGACCAGGUCCAGUCCCUGCAGCAGAACCUUAAGGACAUGACCAACAACCAGCGGCGGCUCCUCAAGCUCUGGGAGGACAAGAAGGCUCAGCGGGAGCAACUCUCACUGCCCGCCAUCCCACAGAGACCCGGACAGAAGCCCGUGGUGCACAAAGGUGUCCAGACAGAGAUGUCCAUAAGCUCAGCUCAGAUUUUACCCACGAACGCCUUCGAGACCAAGAACCGCCGAGACCUCGAUAAAAGCAGAACCAGCCUGGAGAGACGCAACAUCACUUUAGCAAACGGCACACACCGAUGAAGCAAAGGAAUACACAAGUGACCGUUAUUAAUUAGCCUGCUCUGAAUACUCAAACUUUUUUUUGCCGCUGCACAUCUCUUGGCUGCUGAAUGACUGAGCAUACUUUGAAUUCAGCCUAUUAUAUUGUUAUUUUAUUUUAUUUUUUUAGACUUUUAAAUUAAAAGGAUUCAUCCAAAAAU